AUGGGAGCAGACUUGCGUGAUGUUAAGCGGAAUUGGAGAUUGUCGUCUCUGAUAUGUCUCGCCUCCAUUUUCUGGGUAAAGUGGAAGACAAAAAGGCCCGUUGGUUACCCUGCCACCAGGAAGCUACGAGUAAGCUGUGGAGCAAGUAAUAGUGUAAUACUUAACCCUCUUUCUGAAUUACUGAGCUUCUCACAGUGUGAUGCUUCUGGACAUACAUUCCGAUGCAAUUCUUUGUUUUGGAUCUUUUGUCACCAUGUCACUCUCUUGCCACAGCCGUACAAUUUCCAAGUUCGGGUUGCUUCUUGUUUUCGCGGGUGUUUCAGAGCUUCGACUUCCACUCACCCAGGAAAAAAGUUGACCAGAAAACCGAAUUGGUCUCACAUUUCUGACAAUGGGAGUUUAAAUAUCCAAAAACUGAGGUCAAGAGGUUUUGAAGUGGUGCGCAAGCGUAAUUUGGAGAUAAUGAGCCUGGGUCGUCUAGGCAGAGUCAAUGAAGCGAGGAAUCUGUUCGACGAAAUGACACACCGAGAUGAUGUUUCUUAUAACUCCAUGGUCACGGUUUACUUGAAGAAUAAUGAUCUAUCUAGCGCUGAAUUGUUAUUUAAGGCAAUGCCUGAAAGAAACAUUGUCGUCGAAUCCGCAAUGAUUGAUGGAUACGUCAAAGCUGGUCGUUUGGAUGAUGCUCGUCACGUGUUUGAUGGUAUGACUGAGAAAAAUGAGUUUUCUUGGACUAGUUUGAUUUCUGGAUACUUUAAAAGUGGACAAGUUGAGGAGGGUCGGCGUCUUUUUGAUCAAAUGCCAGUGAAAAACGUGGUCUCAUGGACUACGAUUGUUUUGGGUUAUGCUCGAAAUGGAUUUUUGAAUCAAGCUCGGAGUUUCUUUGACCUCAUGCCUGAAAAGAAUACUAUAGCUUGGACAGCCAUGAUCAAGGCAUAUCUUGAGCACGACCAUUUCAUUGAAGCGUAUAAGCUCUUUCACGAAAUGCCCCAGAGAAAUCUGUAUUCUUGGAACAUCAUGAUUUCAGGUUGUCUCAGUUCUAAUAGGGUCAACGAAGCUAUACAAUUGUUUGAUUCAAUGCCUCAAAGGAAUGCUAUUUCUUGGACAAUCAUGGUUUCAGGUUUGGCACGAAAUAAGAUGAUUAACAGUGCAAGGAAGUAUUUUGAUCAGAUGCCUAAUAAAGAUAUUGCUGCAUGGAAUGCUAUGAUUGCCGCGUAUGUCGAUGAAGAGCUCAUGGAUGAGGCUCAUGAGCUUUUCACUUUGAUGCCAGAGAAGAAUGUUGUGACUUGGAACACGUUGAUUUACGGUUAUACAAGAAAUAGCAAUGAUGGAAAUGCCUUAAACUACUUUGCUUUGAUGCUGAGAUCUGGUUUUGAACCAGAUGAAACUACUAUGACUAGUGUAGUCACUUCCUCUAAUGGCAUGUUGGAACUCAUGCAAGCUCAUGCUCACGUCACACGACUUGGGUUUGAACAAAACACCUCGCUCACUAAUGCUCUCAUUACUACGUAUUCCAAAAGUGGGGAUUUUGGCUCUGCUUGGCUUGCUUUUGAGCAAUUAAAGUCAAAGGAUGCAGUUUCAUGGACGGCAAUGAUAAUCGCCUACUCAAAUCAUGGACUUGGUUACCAUGCGCUACAGGCGUUUGCUUGCAUGCUAAGAGCAGGGACAACUCCAGACGCAAUAACCUUUGUGGGUCUCUUAUCUGCUUGUAGUCAUAUUGGCCUAGUGAACAAAGGUAGAAGAUUGUUUAAUUCAAUGAGGGAAGCUUAUAAUUUAAACCCAAAGGCCGAGCACUGUGCCUGCCUUGUGGAUAUUCUAGGUAGAGCGGGAUUAUUGGAUGAGGCAAUGGAUAUAAUGUGUAAAAUGCCUCCUUCUGAGAGGGAUGAAGUUGUACUGGGGGCAUUGCUUGGAGCUUGCAAGCUUCACGGGGAUGCUAUGUUGGCAAAUUCUAUAGGUGGGAAGCUAUUGGAGCUACAGCCAUCUAGCUCAGGGGGGUAUGCACUAUUGGCCAACGCAUAUGCUGCAGAAGGGAAAUGGGAUGAGUGUGCUCAGGUGAGGAAAAAAAUGAGGGAGAGAAGUGUGAAGAGAAUUCCUGGAUAUAGUCAAAUAGAAGUAAGAGGCAAGAAUCACGUGUUUGUUGUUGGGGAUAGAUCUCAUCCUCAAGUUGAUGAAAUUUACGGAUUGUUGCUGCAGAAUCUUCAGCCUUUGAUGAGGGAAAUGGUUUGAGCACAAGAGAACAAACUGCUGCUGGAAUAGUUUCCAAAUAUUGAAAGACUAAAUAUAGCUUACACAUUUCUUUACACAAAAUCGGGUCCUCGGCAGCCGGAAUCAGAAGCUGAAGAAUUAUUUUAUUGGUUACUGUAAGUGCCGUUCAUUGAUUGUUCGCAGCUGACUGAUUCCCUGAUGCUACUAUGAAGGGCUGAUGUUAAGAAUAUUAUUGAGAAAACUCAAAGGAUGUAAAGAUUACAAUACAACAGUUAAUCGUAGUGUAUUUUGGGCUUGGAAGAGUGAAGUGAUACAACAACAACAACAACAACAAGCCUUUAUCCCACUAGGUGGGAUCGGCUAUAUGGAUUGCAAGACGCCAUUGUACUCUAUCAUUUAUCAAACUUUUAGGAAUAUUAUUAAUUAAGAUAUCGCGUUCAAUAACUUCUAAGAGUGUUCUCUUAGG